CGUCAUUGCGGUGCGAUAGACGAUUGGUUGGACGCUCUGCAUAAUCUCACCGCCGAGUAGCGAAGGUUUUGUUCACCAUGUUGGAUAAACUGCUCAUUUUAUUUGCUUUGUGACCAGUACUUUCAUCAUGUCUGUGACAGCGGAGCGUCGUAGGCCCGAAGUGUAGAGGUUCGACCGAGUCCGGGUGGCUUCGUGUCCACCGACAGACCGCAGGCUCACCGACACGAACGGAGGGACUACUGUUUUGAUUUGGCUACACAGACACCGAUGAGCUAGCUCCAAUCUGUCAGCUUGAAUUCUGCCUUCUCUGUGGCUCCUGGCAGCAGGACAUUUCUCCCGCAUUACGAUUGAACUUUCCCCGCAUUGUUUUUCUCGUGUCCCUGGAAGUAUACACAUGAGCGGCGAGCGGGCGCUGUAAAACAGACUCAACACAAGUGUCGAUGGGGGAAAUAAGUUGGCUGGCAGGCGUCUGCGAGGGUUUCUCUUCUCUUCAUUUUUUGAGUCACUCUGUCACAAUAAUGGGGAUUUCUUUGCAGGCGCGCGGCUUAUCGGAUUGCUCUAAUAAUAUGUGAGUGGAGUGGAUGGCCGAGGCCUGGGCCUGCCUGCCUGCCUGCGUGAGCUGUUGUAUUGUGGCCUGGAUUAGCCCUGUUUACGGAAUAGCUGUCUGUCCUGCGCACACAUCUGAAGGAGGAUUCAGUUUGGAAUAAUCGAUGCGAUUUCCAACACGUGGGGAGCCCCAGGAGUGGGAAGAGAAACUGCGCUGGACCAGAGCGUGUGGCAAACUUGGACACUAAAGAUGAAUGCACUGCUUCCCAUGUGACACGCUUCAGAUCACACUGUUCUAUCAAGACGGGGAAGCUGAGUUCAUCAGAAGGGAGAGGGGCGCCACCUCUAACAUGAGGGACAUCUAGAGCCAUCGACUUUUUUAUUUAUUGAGGGGGGUGCGGGUUGUUUUCAUUUUUCAUUGUUAGUGAACACUUUUAGGCCUGCACAGAUUUUUCUACUUGUGGGGUCACUGCUACAUUAUACACGCUCAUGAUAUGAUAUGAUUUCCGUUAUUAGCCCCGGGCUACAGUCGCCUAAUGGUGUGCAAGCAAGAAAAUUAAUGUUGAGGAAGUGGGUCAGAUCCUUGUUAGCAUUAUGAUAAGGAGGCUCACCAGAGUGCUUUAUCUCCCCACAGAUUCACAGUGAACCCCAAAGCAGUUUCCUGUAUGUGUUCUCUAAGUUUGCACAGUCGUAGUGUUGCAGCCUGGUAACAUCCUCAUCACUUCUAGCAGCAGGAGUUGUUUCAGCAUCAUUGAAUGGCUACAAAUGUUACAAAAAUGAUGGCUGCUUACAACGGUGGCUCCUCAGCAGUGGCUGCCCAUCAUCCGCAUCACCACCACCAGCUCCAGCACCUUCCGCCUCCCCACAUGCACCACCACCACGCGGGCCAGCAUCACUUGCAGCACCCGGGCUCCGCAGCCGCCGUGCACACGGCCCAGCAGCACACCUCCACAGCUGCUGCUGCGGCAGUGAUGCUCAACCCUGGCCAGCAGCAGCCCUACUUUCCCUCUCCUGCCCCCGGACAAGCCCCCGGACCGGCAGCGGCCACGGCUCCCGCCCAAGUUCAGGCUGCCGCCGCUGUCAAAGCUCACCACCACCACCACCACCAUCAACAGCAACACACGCACCACCUACAACCGCAACUGGACAUAGAGCCUGACAGGCCCAUUGGCUAUGGAGCGUUUGGGGUUGUCUGGUCAGUGACGGACCCCAGAGAUGGAAAGCGAGUUGCUCUCAAGAAAAUGCCCAAUGUCUUCCAAAACCUUGUUUCUUGUAAGAGGGUAUUUCGGGAGCUGAAGAUGCUGUGUUUCUUCAAACAUGAAAAUGUGCUCUCUGCUCUUGACAUACUACAACCUCCACACAUCGACUACUUUGAAGAAAUUUAUGUGGUGACUGAACUGAUGCAAAGUGACCUCCAUAAGAUCAUCGUAUCACCACAGCCUCUAAGCUCAGACCACGCCAAAGUCUUUCUUUAUCAGAUUUUGCGAGGACUCAAAUACCUUCAUUCUGCUGGCAUUCUACACCGAGACAUCAAGCCUGGCAACCUCCUGGUUAACAGCAACUGUGUGCUCAAGAUCUGUGAUUUUGGCCUGGCCCGUGUUGAGGAGUCUGAUGAGGCACGACACAUGACUCAGGAAGUGGUGACACAGUACUACCGAGCUCCUGAGAUCCUCAUGGGGAGCCGCCACUACUCCAACUCCAUUGAUAUUUGGUCUGUAGGCUGCAUCUUUGCUGAGCUACUGGGACGACGUAUCCUCUUCCAAGCCCAAAGUCCUAUUCAGCAGCUGGAUCUUAUCACUGACCUGUUGGGGACUCCUUCUAUGGAGGCCAUGAGGACUGCGUGUGAAGGCGCUCGUGCACACAUUCUCAGAGGACCUCACAAACAGCCAUCACUUCCUGUCCUGUACACACUGUCUAACCAAGCAACCCAUGAAGCUGUUCAUCUCCUCUGCAGGAUGUUGGUGUUUGAUCCAUCUAAGAGGAUUUCAGCAAAGGAUGCCCUGGCUCACCCUUACUUGGACGAGGGUCGACUGCGCUACCAUACAUGCAUGUGUAAAUGCUGCUACACGACAUCCUCCGGCCGUGUUUACACCAGUGACUUUGAGCCAGUUACUAAUCCCAAGUUUGACGACGGCUUUGAGAAGAACCUGAGCUCUGUGAGACAGGUCAAAGAGAUCAUCCAUCAGUUCAUUUUGGAACAGCAGAAGGGGAGUCGAGUGCCACUCUGCAUUAACCCUCAAUCAGCUGCUUUCAAAAGCUUUAUCAGUUCCACAGUGGCUCAGCCCUCUGAAAUGCCUCCAUCUCCGCUGGUGUGGGAAUAGCUGCUGUUGCAUGUCAUCAUCUUUCCCAACUGACAAGCUGCUAAACUGGGAACAAGAACACGUGUCUCAGCGUCUUCUAUCAUCUGUGUAGCAUUUCACUGGAGAACGGACUCACAGGUCUGCUGAAAUAUGAAACAAAUGAAGAGAAACCCACUGAUAACUGCUUUUGGGGGGUGUAUUAGAGGGUUUGGUAUGCAAAUGAAUGACAAAAAAAUGCUCUAUAGACCAAAUGUUUUAAACAAACCCAUCUGCUCACUUCCAGAUAGUUAAAACUUAAUAAUUAUUGCAUCAUAAUGAAGUACAUUUUGUUUUGCUUUACACAGUAUAUGAAUACAAAACCUAAAAGUGAUAUUUUAAAAUUUCUCUAAUCACAAUAUGGUUAAUUUCCCAUCCAACCACCAUAUUCUUAAAAAUUUAAAUUAAAAAUAAGUUAUUACAGGUAUGUCCUCCUGUGUUCCCCUGCCCAUGUGGCUAUUGUUUUUACUUAUGUGACAAUUUAUUGCCAAAGAUGAGGCGCCUCAUGUAUAAAUGAUACAUAAGCAUUAAGAUUGUGUGCAAAUUUGCGAGAUUUGGGAUUUAUAAAAUGUUUCUAAUCUGUCUGCACAUGAUCUACAUUAUGCUUUGUCAUGUCUGAACAGACAAUAGAAGACUUAAAAAACAAAAAAGUUUGUUUUAGUUUGUCUAGUGACCAAAAAUACAUAGAUUCCAAUUUAAACAGAAGCGACAGUAAUUGAAUGAUGAAUAAAAUUCAGCAUAUUAAUUGAAUUAGUGUAUACACAGAUCCAGAAAUCCAGAAAAAUGCCAUUCUUGUUUAAAUAUAUGUGAAGUUUAAAAUACGUAUACACUGUAUGCAUUAGAACAGGUUGAUCUAUGUUUGUAUUUGCUAUUUUGCAUAUGAUUUCAGUGAUGACUGUGUGUCAGUGUUUAUACAUGAGGCUCCAUAAUAUUUGUCAUUAAGCUGACCCUGCCCUUUUUUGGUCAGGCAUCCCCUGAAAGACUAAUAACAGCUUUAUUACUGUUUGGAACAAUGAAAGUCAGAUUAGCAUACUGUUGCGCUGAAUUUAAAUGGAACCUGCUUUGUUGUUUUCUUUGUUUCGAUAAAUUGUGUUUAGUUGUUCAGUCUUGAAGGUGAAGGCAUAAAUGCUCACUUGCAUAUUAAAUGAAGAACAAUUGGACCUUUCUGUGAAUAGGAAAGAAAGGGAUCAGACAAAACUGCACCAUUACCAAACAGGACAACACAGUUCAUGUGACUCCAGAAAGCCUAUAGUCAGUUUGUGUACUGACAAAGGGAUCAGGAGUAGAACAGGAAAUUCUACAAUGUUACUCUGCCCCCUCCUUUAGACAGCCAUAGCUGUUAACAUUCACUUCAAUACUAGUGUAUGGCCAAACAACCCUUUCAACCUAACUGAAUAGUUUUUUAAUGAAGGAAUGUGUGCUGUUUAUUUGUGUGCCUCUUAAUUUUAUUGCUUGGACAGUUAGGUGACUAUUCUCUCUCUCUCACACACUCACACACACACACACACACACACACACACACACACACUCACACUCUCACACACUCUCACACACACCCAAAUGGAGCAAAUUUGACCCCAAAGAGCAUGAAGAAGAGAAUGAACUGCACUAAAGUAAAAGUGCAGUCUUUUGGUUUUUUAAAAUCUGGGUCUUAUUUCUGUGGCGUGGGCCAUCCUUUCUGUUUAUGAGAACAUUUUCCGUUUGAUUGUGCAGUAUCAAGAUUCAUUUAUUGACUUUUUUACUGACCUUUUGUCACAUGUUAUCUGUCUCUGGAUAAGCGCACCAAGGAAAUUCUUCUUUCCCAAACUGUCUGUUCAGAUCACCCAUUCAGACUUGCAGAGCUACAUCCUACUCUGACCUGCUGUCUUACUGUAGUUAUGCACAUCAUUUUCUGUUGGUUCACUUUGGGUGAGUAGUCAAUAAUUAGCUGGAUAAACAGGGGGGUUGUUUCAAACCUAUUUGACCACCCCCACCAAUGAAAGACAGACAAUAAAUAAAUAUGUUCAGUGUUACACAAAGGACAAUGAGUACAUUAUGGGUUCAAUUUAUUAUUUAUUAUUGCUUCAGUAUUAAAAAAAACUAAGGAUUUUCAAAAUCUUUUAAAAACUUGAUGGAACACCAAAUCUUCAUCUUGACACAAUACUACACCACCUAUGGCAACCAGAUUUUUCCCAUAUUUGAAGAGAUUCCCAAAGGUUGGCUCAUUCUGAACAUCUUAUAACAUCAUAUAAUCUUCACAGAGUAGCUGGGUAAUGUCAGUCACACGUGGGAUCAAGGUCUGUUUGAAUCGACACAAUAUAACUUUAAACCAAUUAAGUCAAUUUACAGUUUUAAACUGGUGUGUUCAGACAAGUACUCAUUUUGUUUGUUCUAAUAAAUGAUAGGAAUGAUGGACAGCACUUUGAGAAUCAGAUCCAGAGUGUAAAGAAAUCCUCCACAAUGCUAUGGAACCUUCAAAAAAGAAUGUGGCUGUAGUAGCUUACUGCAGGAAAGAUCCAGUCUUCCCUUGGAACCUGCUUUUGUAAAACCAGCAAGUCUGUUCUGCUUAUCCUUGUUUUGUUAUAAGGACAGAUGGGAAUCAUGAUGUAUGAAGCAUACCACGUUAAAGAAGCAGUUAAACCAGCAAUAUCAUAUUUGUUCUGUCUACUUGAAUAUAUAUUAUCACGUACUAUUGACCAACUUUUUUUUCAUGGAUUGCAUUCAAGCAGCUCACCAUAGGACACAAACAAGUAGCAUAUGAAUGACAAUAUAAAUGAUGGCAUGGUCUCAUCAGUAUGGCUUUUUCAAAAUGGUAAUCUAGUGCUAAAGUGUGCCCUGCUCCUCCACAUACAUGUACACUGUCUCCAGAAAAAAAAGAGCUUUGAAGUAAAUUAUUUAAUAUAUUUUUAGAAUUGUUUUCUAUUCCUGUUCUUGUGUCCAAUGGCAUGCAUUCUUCUCACACCUCAAAGUAUUAUGUAUAUAUGUUAAAUAGAUAAGUAAAUCUACACACCGACCUAAAAAAAAAACAAUACCACUGUAUAGAAAUUGUAUUAGCCUGCACAUUUCUAAGGCUGUGAAGUUAAUUUUAUUUUUAAAAUUUGCAUACAAAUGUAUAUAUUUUCUUGAUUUUUACCCUGCAACUAGGAUCUGUAGAGGACAACAAAUCCUAUAAUGAUUCACAGUCAUGUUAACUAUAUCUUGUGUGUAUAGCAGAGUUGUAGAUAUCUAAGGAGAAGCCUUUCUUUGUUAUUGUUGUUAAUUAUUUUAUCACAGCAGCACUGUGUGAAUAUGUAUAUAAAGGAUUCACCGUGUUGGUCUCUACCUCUUGAGCUCAAUAACUUGGCUUUGUUUACCCCCAUGUGUUUCUGAUUUUAGGUGGGGAUGAAUUCAAAACACUUGAAUGUCUAUUCAAGCUUUUAUACUGAAAUGAGAAAAAUAUACUGCCCCUCCCUGCACCCCCAGCCCCCACCACAUACCUUUCUUUGCACUAUUCCAGUGCAAAGCGUUCACCUGAACUUUUUAAUCAUCAGAUGUUUGUAUUACAAAGUCCUACCAAUAGCCAAGGGUUCCCUGACUGUUAGUCAGUUUUCACUUCUUGAUAGGCUAGGAUCUUAUGGGGAGGGAGAGUCACUGCUUACACCACCAUAGUGGCUGUGUUCAAAUCUCAGUAUUAAAGUUCAUUUUUAAUACUUUCACAAAACACAGUCUUCUUUGGAUAUUUUUUUUCAGGCUACUAACAAUUACACCAGUGUUUUCCUUUUUUUUUGUAUAUUGUAUUAUGUUUGUUGGGGUUCAAUGGCAUUUAAUCGAAUCAUAAUCCACUGAUUAAAUGACUGAAUAUGAGUCCUUUUCCAGUUUAGAUUUGGCUUUCAACAAGUAACUAAAACACAGAUUUCAUUUAGACCUGCUUUUAAUUAAAAUGUUGGUAUUUUAAAUAGUUUGCUACUAAAAAGAGCAAGAAGAGAUAAAAGUUCAAUUAACGAUUCAGUUGUGGCUCCUGAUAUUUCCUAUCUGAGAACUGUAUCCAAUAUGGAAGAGAGCCCAGCCACAGUAGUACAGAUGUUUGUUUAUUCAGUUCUAGUGAGCUGCAGGGUGCUUCUAUUCAAACUGCAUGCUGAGGCUUAUUUUGCUUGUUGUAGUAAUGUUUUUCUCAAAGUUGACUAAGACUUUGGCAACAUGUAUACAGUGGCUCAGAGAGUAAAUACAUCAUACAUUUAGAAAACCUUAAAAAAUAGACGCAACACAAGAAUAUGAAGAAAACACUGUCACCAUUUCUACAAUGCAUGCUGCAUUUAGAAAAAACAAACAAUCUGACUAACAAAUCCGUACACAGCAGAAAUAAACACACGGUAAGCACAGAAACUUUCAUGUGACACUAAAAACCAAAACAAAAAAUAUGUUUAGUCAUGUCUAAACAGGAGUAAAGAUCUUUUUUCAUUGCCUGAUUCUCACAUUUUUGGAGAUAUUAGUUAUACACCUGGCUUUUGCUCUGGUGUCCUCUAUAUUGUUAUUAUGUGGUGUGGUGCAACAGUCCGGAGCUGAUGUUCACGCUGUGCAAAGUUCAAAAUAGUUUAACUUGAGUGAAUACAGCUAAUGGCUGCAUAAAGACUGCCGCUGUGAUUUAAGAUGCAUGACUAUUCUAUGGAAUUUUUUCAGCUUAACUUUAAAACAAAACCUAAACUGGAAAAGAAAACAUGUCUCAGCUGAGGUUUUGUUUUUCAAUGCCAAAAUUUAGAGUUGCUGUUCCAGCUCUAUUUAUUUUCUAGUCUAACUAUACAUUAAUAAAUGAUGAACAAACUGAAAUGGUUGUAAUUAUUAUAAUAUAAUUAUAUUAUAGUUUUAGAUUUAUUUUUUUUUUUUUAGAAUUUGAAUACAGAAGUAUUUUACUAAUCACUGCUGCGCCAUCAGUUUUUAGUGUCCCCUGGAAACAUCUGAGGUUGUAUCUUAGUUGUUGUGUACAACCUUUUGUCUUUCGCUAUUUGCUUUUGUUUCUUUGUUUCUUAAUUGUGUGUUUAAUUUAUUUGUGAUAUUUUUGUGUUCUUAUUCGGUGUAUAUGUUGUCUAAAUAUGAAGUGUUUUCUUCAUGUUUCUCCAGUUUAUGGAGCUCUCUAGGCCACUGUAAUAUUGCCCAAAAGUAUAAAAUUAUCUUAAGAUAACUGCAUGUACAGUAGCCUUCUUACAUACUUUGCUGUUGACUUUCCCUGAAAUUUGAUUUCUGUGACGUGGCCAGUUUUAGGUGGGAUAAUCCAUGCCAACCUAUUAUAAAAAUUGUAGUGUUGUUUUUUGUUUGUUUGUUUAAAUCAGAUUAUUACUUACCCAUUCAACAAGGACUACUCUGAAAGAAGAGGUAACAGAAAAGACACAUCCUGUGGGUGUCUAUUGGAAACUGAAUGGGAAUUUUCUCAGGAAUGAGCAGCGAGCAGUGGUACAAGCUGUCACUCUUCCUCCCCAUCGCCUGUAUGUGUAGAUAUAUUAGUUUCCUAUAUGUUUUAUUUUGUGUUGGAAUGAAGUACUUGAAUCAAAUGAUGCUCAUUUUGGAAAAUUGUAGAGUAAUAACUGACAAAUUUAUGUGAGAUUAACCACAACUUGGCAACUACUGAAUUAUAUGGAUUCCUAUAAUUUGCUGUUCCUAAACAAUGUUUGUAUAUUUGAUGUUUUAAUCAGAUGCAUUGUAAUUUGAAUAAAAGUUGCAGUAUAUA